AUCUUGUCUCUGAAGAAUCUCACUUCGGGAUUUUAUCAGUCGUGAUUUGGGUUCAACCAUGUUCAUCGCUCUAUUUAUCGCGGCAAUUGUCACUCUUAUCAUAUUUCUGAUAUGUGGAAUAGAAGAGAGGGAUGCUCCCCCGGGUCCCAAUAGUAUUCCCAUACUUGGUAGCAUUCCGUUUGUGCCCAAGCGAUUCCGGGCGCAGGGUCGGCUUCACAUUCCAAAAUUGUUCAAUCAUCUCACCCAAGAGUAUGGCCCUAUCUUCCGGAUUUAUCUCGGACCCAUUCCCACGGUGGUGAUCACGGAUCUUAAUUUGGCUAAAGAAGCAUUUAAAAAAGACGAAGUGACUGCCAGACCUCCGAUGAAACCGUUUCACGAAUUUCGUUACGGAUCUGCGGAUGGAAAUCAAAGGGGAGUUAUUUUGAGCAGCGGUCUGGAGUGGCAAGAUCAGAGGAGAUUCUCCCUGAGACAAUUGCGAGACUUUGGAUUCGGUCGUUCAAGCAUGGAGUCAAUGAUCUUGGAGGAGGUCCAAAAGCUAUGCAAAUCUCUACAAGAGGAAGCAGGGAAACCCCUAGACCUGAGUUUCAAGAUGAACAUCUCUAUCAUUAACGCACUUUGGUUGAUUUUGGUUGGGGAACGCUUGGAAUUAGACGACGAGAGGCUUUUGAAGAUUGUUCGCACCAUGGACAAGUUACUCCGUGAGACUCAAGUAUCCGGAUUAUUCUCUGUUCUAUUUCCCACCUUGUAUAAGAUGGUCCAUCCUCGAUUCAAGUUUGCCCGGGACACUUUUGAGUCCAUGAGAAUCUUGAUGAAACAAGCCAUUGUGGAACACAAGGAAUCAUUUCAGCCUGAUGAGGACCCCAAAGACUUCAUUGACAGUUACCUCCAAGAGAUCGAGAGCACCAAGAAUCCAAGAUCAAGCUUUUUUAAAGAACAAGGCCUUAAGUCACUGGACUGCGUCCUCAUUGACCUCUUCAUGGGUGGCAGUGAGACCACUUCAAUCACACUAAUUUGGACCUUCUUGUUCCUCCUCCACCAUCCAGAAUGGCAAGAAAAGAUUCACGAAGAAUUGGAUUCCGCAAUUGGAGACCCUCUUCCCACUCUCCAAGAUCUGCCUGCUCUGCCACACCUCAGGGCAGUGAUGUCCGAAACCCUUAGACUCUCAAGUGUGGUGCCAAAUGGGGUUCCGCACUAUGUCACUCAAGACACCAAAGUCGGCGAUUACAUCCUGAAAAAAGGCACUUCCGUUAUGGCCAAUCUUGCUGGGGUCCAUUUGAAUCCUGCUUUUUGGGAGACCGCGGAGGAAUUUCAACCUGAGAGGUUUCUCGAUAAAAGCGGGAAAUUUGAAAGCCCCGACUCGUCACAUUUCGCUCCUUUCUCCGUGGGUAAACGAUUUUGUCUCGGUCAAUCGUUGGCCGAACAAGAGUACUUUCUUUUCCUGAGCGGAAUAAUGCAAAAGUUUAAGUUGGUUCAUCCACCGGGACAAGCCCUUCCAGAUUACCGGUUCAGUAAUGAUGACAACAAUCGAGGUUUCAUUCGGUACGCGCCAAAAUAUGAGGUCAUCCUGCAAUCCCGACAGUCGAAUAUCUAACUAAAUCUGAUCUGUAUUGACGUAUCAUGAAAAUAAAAUACCAACUUGCACUUGA